UGACUUCAGCCUGCCUGCCUCUCCGGGAGAUCCCUGCUUCUGCGGACCGGGGAAAGGAGAGGCUUCUGGGGGUGGUGUGGAGCUCCAAAAGGCGCCGGGAACCUCCGUGUAGGAGCAGCAGCCAUCAGUGCGCAUUGUUUACACCGGCGGGUCCAGCUUUUCCUGUUUCUCCGGUUCUUAGCGACUCCGCGCGGCUGCCUCAGCUGAGCAGCGUCGCCCCGGAUCGCGUCAGUGAAGCGGGGCUGAUGGCCGCUGUGCACGGCCCGGCCUUCAUCACCCGCCUGUGUGCAUCUUCCAGCGCUAAAGCCUCUCCGCCCAGUCGCGCGUAGAGCUGCGGGGAGAGGAGACGGGAAAGGCGCGCACCGUGCACCGUGCUGCGGUGACGCGCAGAGUGGAUGUGCAGACCCGGAGAUGGCUGUUCUGAAGCUGGCCGACCAGCCUCCUCUCAUCCAGGCGAUCUUUAGCGGAGACCCCGAGGAGAUCCGUAUGCUCAUCUACAAGUCUGAAGACAUCAAUGCUCUGGAUGCAGAGAAGCGCACCCCGCUGCAUGCAGCAGCCUUCCUGGGAGACGCAGAGAUCACCGAACUCCUCAUCCUCUCCGGAGCCCGGGUCAAUGCCAAAGACAACAUGUGGCUCACCCCUCUGCACCGCGCCGUGGCGUCCCGGAGCGAGGAUGCUGUGCGGGUUUUGAUCCGCCACUCAGCGGAUGUGAAUGCCCGGGACAAGAACUGGCAGACGCCGCUGCAUGUGGCUGCAGCAAAUAACGCAAUCCGAUGCGCUGAGGUCAUCAUUCCUCUGCUAAGCAGCGUGAACGUGUCGGACCGCGGUGGACGCACGGCCCUGCACCACGCUGCUCUCAACGGCCACACUGAGAUGGUGAGCCUUCUGCUCGCUAAAGGAGCAAAUAUCAAUGCCUUUGAUAAGAAGGACGGCCGGGCGCUGCACUGGGCUUCUUUCAUGGGACACUUGGAUGUGGUGUGUCUGCUGUUGAGUCAGGGCGCCGAGGUCAGCUGUAAGGACAAACGAGGAUACACACCGCUCCACGCCGCAGCCGCCAGGGGGGAGAUCACCGUGGUCAAGCAUCUCCUCAACCUGGCUGUGGAGAUCGACGAGCCCAACGCGUUUGGGAACACGGCGCUCCACGUGGCCUGUUUCAACGGUCAGGACGCCGUCGUCAGUGAACUCAUCGACUAUGGCGCCAACGUCAGCCAGUCCAACAACAAAGGCUUCACACCGCUGCACUUUGCUGCUGCCUCCACCCACGGAGCCCUCUGUCUGGAGUUCCUGGUCAACAACGGGGCAGACGUCAACGUUCAGAGUCGAGAUGGGAAGAGCCCUCUCCACAUGACGGCCGUUCACGGGCGCUUUACCCGCUCGCAGACCCUCAUCCAGAACGGUGGAGAGAUCGACAGCAUGGAUAAAGAUGGCAACACUCCUCUCCACGUUGCUGCCCGCUACGGCCACGAGCUCCUCAUCAACACGCUCAUCACAAGUGGAGCAGACUGCACAAGACGAGGAAUCCAUGGCAUGUUUCCUCUCCAUCUGGCUGCCUUGAAUGCUCAUUCUGACUGCUGCAGGAAGCUUCUGUCCUCAGGUCGGAGGUUUAGCAUAAUGUGUAACGACUCGGUCCUGUCCGCAGGCUUCCAGAUAGACACCCCAGACAGCCUCGGGAGGACGUGCCUGCACGCUGCGGCUGCUGGAGGCAAUGUGGACUGUGUCAAACUGCUCCUGAGUAGUGGAGGAGAACACAACAAGGCAGACAAGUGUGGCAGGACUCCUCUCCAUUAUGCUGCUGCCAGCCGUCACUACCAGUGUCUGGAGACUCUGGUGGCUUGUGGCACUGAUAUCAAUGCAACUGACCAGUGGGGGCGCUCUGCCCUGCACUACGCUGCAGCCUCAGACCUGGACAGGAGGCGUCGCGUUGCUCUGGAGCCAGAAAGUGAAGGAGUCCAGGCUGAGAGGGAGAAGGAGGCAGCGCUAUGUUUAGAGUUCCUGCUUCAGAGCGGAGCGACGGCCUCGCUGAAGGACAAGCAGGGCUACAGUCCGGUCCACUACGCUGCUGCCUUUGGGCACAGGCACUGUCUGGAACUGCUCUUAAACAGAGAGGAUUGUCACCAUGACGAUUCUGAAUCUCCUAAAUCCAGGAGCCCGCUGCAUCUCGCUGCGUACCACGGUGAUGCUCAGGCUCUGGAGGUGCUCUUGCAGGGUCAGAGAGAGGUGGAUCAGGGGGAUGAGGCCGGGAGGACCCCUCUGGCCUUGGCAGCCUUACGGGGCCACACUGACUGCGUUCACACACUCCUCAGCCAGGGGGCGUCACCACACUCCACCGAUAAGCAGUAUGGACGCACGCCUGUGCAUCUGGCAGUGAUGAACGGCCAUACGACAUGUGUGCGUCUCCUGCUGGAGGAGUCCGACAGCUCAGACCUCAUAGAUGCUGCAGAUUUUCAGGGACAGACUCCUCUGAUGCUGGCCGUGGCGGGAGGUCACCUAGACACUGUGUCACUGCUGCUGGAGCGGGACGCUCAUGUCAACAUGGCCAACAGCCACGGCCUUACUGCGCUGCACCUGGGGCUGCUGUGUGGUCAGGAAGAGUGCGUUCAGUGCUUGCUGGAGCACGAAGCUUCGGUUUUGCUCGGUGACUCUCGGGGUCGCACAGCCAUCCACCUGGCUGCUUCACGAGGCCACGCCUCCUGGCUUAGCGAGCUCCUGAGCAUCGCCUGCUCCGAGUCGCCCUCUCUUCCGCCUCUGAGGGACCACGGUGGAUACACGCCGCUGCACUGGGCCUGCUAUUACGGCCAUGAGGGAUGUGUUGAGGUCCUGUUGGAGCAGAAGGGCUGUCGCUGUAUUGAUGGGAAUCCCUUCACCCCUCUGCACUGCGCCGUGCUGAAUGAUCAUGAGCCGUGUGCGUCGCUUCUGCUGGAGGCCAUGGGCUCAGAUAUCGCAGGCUGUGGGGACGCCAAGGGCAGGACGCCUCUUCAUGCCGCAGCGUUCGCUGGACAUGUGGAUUGCGUCAACCUGCUCCUUUCCCAUGAUGCACCUGUGGACUCGGUGGACCAGUCGGGCCGCUCAGCACUGAUGAUGGCAGCAGAAAAGGGUCGGGCGGAGACUGUCGAGGUGCUGUUGACCAGCGCCGGUGCCAGCCUCAGUCUCGCAGACCAAGAUGGCAACACGGCUCUACAUCUGGCCUGCAGUAAUGGAAAAGAAGAGUGUGUGUUGCUGAUCCUGGAGAAGCUGUCCGAUGCGUCCCUCAUAAACGCCACUAAUGCAGCUCUGCAAACUCCGCUCCACCUGGCGGCCCGAAGCGGGUUGAAGAAAGUCGUCCAGGAGCUGCUGUCUCGAGGAGCCAGCGUUCAGACGGUGGACGAGAACGGACUGACCCCUGCUCUGGCUUGUGCUCCUAGCAGAGAGGUGGCUGACUGUCUGGCUCUCAUUCUGGCUACCAUGAUGCCUUUCUGCUCCCCUUGCAGCUCCGGAGCUCCCUCCCCAGGCUCCCUGCUGAGGCAGCUGCCCCACCAGGGCAGUAAAGGCGUGGCCUCUGAGCCCCGUGGGCCACGCAGCCCCAGGAACCCCUCAGGACCCUCCAGCGAAGGAACCACUGAAAAUGACUCAGAGGACUCUGAAACCUUUUGACCUCCACAACAAACUCUGGUCGAUUACCUCAAGCACAGAACUUCCUCCUGAAAGGAUGCUCGUCUGCGUGGAGGCGGGUGGGAAGUGGCUCCUGGAGCUCUGGGGGAUUCAGGAUUCAAAUCAAAUAAAUAAAUUCUCCAGAACAUAAAAAAAAUCUUUAAAUAACAAACAAGUUUGGGUAACAAGGACCCCCCCCCCCUUGUACUGUCCUGGAGCAGUGGCUGUAGACGGCUCACUGAUGGGUACUGGUACUGGUCAUACCCAGGCCCACCUUGGUACUAGCAUCGCCGCUCUAAUGCUCAAGUUUCCUUUUUAAAAGCCAUUUUUACCCGUUUGUACAAAAUGAAGAUAAUUUAGAAAGCUGCGUGUAAUUUUCGACUUUUUAACGUUUGCAUUGUUUCACCAAACGUCCGACUUCCUGGUGUUGUACCACCCUGUACCGGAACACGGACAGGAACAUUUUACACGGUUGGAAAAGCUGAUGGAACUGGUCCUGGAGUGUGAGUCACAGAGAUGUUCACUAGUGUAGAGGUUCACCAUGUGGUCCAGCGGGGACAUCUCUGCCCCACGCACAUCCUCCCACUGGGGUGAUGGCGAUGGGCGGGGUCUGGAGCCGUUGGGUCAACGCAGUAUUUUAGGAGAUUAUGAGAUGUGAAAUGUUUUCCUGCACUUUUUCUUCUCCUCUGUGGUGCACGUUCUCACCCUGCAGCCCAGAGCAGCAGGUCUUAGGCGCCCUGUGGUGAAGAGCUCACUUCUUUAUUUAUUGAUGGUACCAGUACUUCCAGCACUUCAAUUUAAACUACCUUCCCACCCCCACCACCAAGCCCUGCGCCGUGCCAACAUCUAACGAACAUGUCCAGUGCCUUGAUGAUGACGUUUAACAUUUUCCACGUGUGUUUUGAUAUCCAGAUUUCUAAAGGAUUUGUUCACAGAAUAACGUGGAGGUUUGUUCGGUUAUUAAAAACGAACCUCGGACCAGAUGGAGGGUUGCUGAUGACUCAUCAGAAACCAUGGUUUACUGGAGAAGGUACAGAUGAGUUUAUUUGUUGCUCUGGGGUGAUUAUUUGUCUUCAUUUGUUGUUUCUGUGGAAGAUCUAGUGUCAAUGCCCAAAAGUUACCCAGCAAGUUCCUGAACAUGUUCACCUUCUGCCAUUUUACAGGGUAUCUGCAGGUCCUUAAAAAGUCUUAAAUUGGCUUUUCCAAAUUUAAGGCCUUAAAAAUCCUUAAAAAUGACAAUCCUUUAAUACAGUUUCCAAAGGUCUUAAAUUACCAACGACCUGUGUUGGGAGUAAUGUGAUACAAAAGUAAUUAAUUACUGUACUGCAUUGCUUUUUGCUAUAAUGUGGUAAUGUAAGGCAUUACAGGGAAAGAAAAUGGUAAUAUUUACUCGGUACAAUUGUCAGUAACGCGGUAAUUACAAUGCAUUUUUAAACCCAGAAUCAAGAUGUGGCUUUCCUAAAAAUUAAAAUUACGGGAAGCCCAAGAAAAGGUCCAGUAUCCACAUAUAUGACGUCAUUUAUAGACUCAGCUUUGCGGGCAUUCUAUGAGCAGAGAGGACGCAGCGGUAACGGCUCAAAUACUCCAGCUGCGUCCUGCGCGCGGCCGCUGUUAUAUCCACAAAAUCGCUCCACCAAAACCAAAUAAUUCACUUGUGAUUGGUCAUAUCAGCCCAUAUUCUCUGGUACUUUGUGUACUUUUCUGACGUGCUUUGCCUCAGCUGAGUUCAUAAUCUGUGCCCCGGUUAUUUCAACUCAUUGCCGCAUAUUAAGCUUUUUUUUUUUUUUGCGUUCGGUAGAUCCCUUUGGCUGAUUAGUUGGAAAGUAGGUAAUCUAGGAAAGAAAGAGAGAAAGGGCAGGAAAUUAUUCAAACAAAAUAAAGAAAACAAAACAAAGUGCUUGAAAAGAAAAAAGUAGAUAGAUUUAUCCCCAAUACACAUUUUUACCAGUGAAAAGCAAUAAUAUAUAAGCAUUUAAUAUUUAUACAUGUGAUAGAAUCAGAUCACCCCAGAAGCCAGUCCCACAUCCAGGGCCGUAUCAAGGCAUUUGGGGACCAAGGCAAAUAUAGGCUUGGAGCCCCCACCACCUCACUCCCUGCUCAGUUAAUAUAAGAUGGCAGCGUGCUGAGAGUACAGAUUGUUGUUGCUUUUAUUUAAUAAACAAUCAUUUUAAAGCACUGUUAUUAUAUCUGACUGUUUUUAACAGCAAUCCUAGCUCAGACACCACAUCACCUUAAUCUGGAUGUGUCAUGAGCUCACUGAGCGUCACAUGACCUAAUUCAUAUUGAAGUUGUUUUGGUGAAAGUAACUUAAAGUAAUGCAAAAGUAGUGUAAUGCCUUACAUUUUGAAAUCAGUAAUAUUGUAAUGUAAUCAACUAAAUUAAAAUGAGGGUAACAAGUAAUAAAUAAUGCAUUAUAGUUUUGAAGUAACUUGCCUUACCCAACACUGCCAACGACCCAAUAAACAAGAUUUUAUUUCUAUAAAAUUUUCGUGAAUUUCUAGUUAAGUGUUCAGCGUUUUUUGUGUAUGAUAUUGGCAAAAGCGGAACCGUACACAUGCAGUUGGUUGUUAAAGGGGGCUAUUUUUAGAUGAGCACAUUAGCUGGUUAAGCUAGUGGGGAAGGGCAAGUUUAAUGGUAACUGGAUGGCUAAUCUCACGUUCGCGACGUGGUUAGCGCCGGUUCCAGGCAAUAGCUGGAAAUUAUAGCUUAAAUUUAAUUUUAAAAAUAGCUUAAAUUUGGUCAAAGUGGCCUUAAAAAAGGUCUUAAAAAGUCUUACAUUUGGCGCCCGUAAACCUGCAGAUACCCCGUUUUAACUGUUAACAUUAUAAUGACUGAUAGAAAACGACUCGCUGGGAAACAAACUGCCAUCAGAACAUUAUUGUGUGAACUGGCCCGUUAAUGUCGAGGUUGGACACUUUUCCUUUUCGUAUUCGUCACCGACCGUUUUCAGAACUGAACUAUGAACGGGUGGUAAAGGCAGGUCAGCGUGGGUGACGCUGUGGAGGGUUUGUUGGCGUGAGGCGUGCACGCUGCUGAACUGAACCGGUCUCAUAAGCACACAGUAAAGUCUGCCAGUAUUAUCCUUCUGCCCGACUCUGAGCUUCAGCAGUCCUGACAAUCUGGUGUCUGGAUUCCAGACCCGCUCCUGACGCAGCGCCACAAGCCGAGGGCUGCUUGUCACCUUUUAUAAAAGCUGUACAAUAAAAACAACUAAAACUCU